ACAAUGAUGAAAGAACGCAACUUACUAGUUACUAGCAAACAUCAUUCUUUCUUUGCUCUCUUGUUAGCUCUUUGGUUUAAUCAAAAUGAAGGCCUGGAUAUACGGUGAAUAUGGUGUGUCAGGAGAUGUUUUAAAAUUCGAACCCGAAUACAGUGUUCCUGAGAUUAAGGAUGAUCAAGUUCUUAUCAAGGUUGAGGCUGCUGCUCUUAACCCCGUCGAUUAUAAGCGUAUGCUUGGUUGGUUCAAAGGCAUCGACUCCGCUUUACCUCAUGUCCCUGGAUUUGAUGUAGCUGGAGUGGUGGUUAAAGUAGGAAGUAAAGUUAAGAAGCUGAAGGAAGGAGAUGAAGUGUAUGGUAAUGUUAAUGAAGAUCCUCUGAAGGAUUGUAAGAGGACGGGAACGCUCGCGGAGUUCACGGCAGUUGAGGAACAUAUACUGGCAAUUAAGCCCAAGAAUUUGAGCUUUGCUGAAGCAGCUAGCCUUCCGCUGGCUCUUUCCACUGCUUACCAGGGUUUCGAGCUCGGGGACCUCACACCUGGUAAAUCUGUCCUUAUCUUGGGUGGUGCUGGCGGUGUUGGAACGCUAGCAAUUCAGCUAGCAAAACAUGUUUUUGGCGCAUCAAAAAUCGCGACGACUUGCAGCGCUGGCAAAAUUGAGCUGGUGACUAGUUUGGGUGCAGAUGUGGCAAUUGACUACGCCAAGGAACAAUUCGAGGAGUUGCCUGAGAAGUAUGAUCUAGUUUUCGAUGCAGUUGGUCAAUGCGACAAGGCCGUGAAGGCGAUCAAAGAAGGUGGAAAAGUUGUUACAAUAUCAGGCCAGGUGACUGCACCUGGUGUCACAUUUCUAGUGAAUUCAAAAGCAUCGGACUUGGAGGCAGUCAAUCCCUACUUGGAGAGUGGGAAGUUGAAGGCAUUGUUGGACCCCAAAUCCCCCUUCCCAUUCUCUCAGACCGUCGAAGCAUUCGCCUAUCUUGAAACUGGCAGAGCUAUCGGCAAAGUAGUUAUUCAUCCUAUUGCCUAAUAGUCUACAUUGAUCAAGUUUUGUUUUGCUUUAGCUUUCUUGUUUUGUGGUGUUAUGAAUAAAUCUGCAGCAGAUACUCUGUCCUAUCUUGUUCGAAAAUCGUAUUGUUCUAGUACUGUAAAUGUUCCUUAAUCCUCAAUGUUAUUUUACCAAGCUCCCUGCUCUGAUUGUCAAAUAUCAAGAA